AUGGAUAUGCCAAUGAAUGUACCGGUGGAUGAUCCUAAUGCCGAUACGGAGUGGAACGACAUCCUCCGCAAGCACGGUGUUAUCCCAGAGAAGCCUCCCUCUCCAACACCACUCAUCCAAGAAGCUCUGGCCGAAGCCCGAAAGCAAGCCUAUGGAAAUCGGCUUGAGGAAAAAGACCUUGACGAGCUGAAUGAUUUGGAAGAUGAAGAAGACGAAGCAUUCCUUGCGAAGUACCGGAAUCAGCGAAUGGCAGAAUUGUCUACAAUAGCGACUGCGAGCGUCUUCAAUCAGGUCUAUCCUUUACAAAAGCCGGACUACCCUAAGGACGUUACGGAAGCCUCCAACAAGGCGUUUGUCCUGGUUCAUCUAACUUCAUCACUUGGCACCAACAUUGAAUCUCGGCUGCUGACUGAACUGUGGCGGGAAAUGGCACGGAAAUUUGGAGACAUUAAAUUCUGUGAAAUAAGGGCGGACAUGUGCAUCGAAGGCUAUCCAGAGCGGAACACCCCAACGAUCCUAGUGUAUCGAAAUGGAGAUAUUAAAAAGCAAGUGGUAACAUUAAAUGAGCUUGGUGGAGACCACACGACAAUCAAAGAUCUGCAAAAUCUGCUGGUCGGCGUUGGUGCUUUGAAGGCAACAGACCAUCGCGUGGUCAAUUCUACACAAGGGGAUGGAGAAGUCCCAUAUAGCAGCAUUCGCACAGGGAACCUCAAUGCAGCUACGGCUGAGGACGAUGAUGAUGACUGGGACUGA